AUGGGCAGAGCGAUGGUGGAUAGACUGGGUCUGGGGUUGCUGCUUCUGGCACUGCUCCUACCCACACAGAUUGAUUGCAACCAAACAUCUGUUGCACCGUUUUCAAGUAACCAGAAUAUCUCUACUGCCCCAAAUCCAACUAAUGCCACCUGCAGAGCAGGCGGCAGGGCCCUGCAGUCAACAGCCGGUCUCCUCGCCGUCUCACUUUCUCUUCUACAUCUCUACUGUUAG